AUGGUCCUGAAGCCUUAUGAUAAAAGUGAAGUCGAUAAUGAACGAUUAUUAUCAGUUGCGUCCUGUAUAAUUAGAGAUCGUCUUUAUUUCCUAUCUUGCAAAACUCCACCAAGAAGUAAUUCUUCCAUUCACUUCUUUUCCAUUGAUGAAGAAUUAUGCUAUGAAAAUUUUUAUGCAGAUUUCGGUCCACUGAGUCUUGGUCAACUAUACAAAUACUGUAAUAAACUGAACAAAAAGCUCAAGUCUGGUAGUUUAAAAGAAAAGAAAAUUGCACACUUUACAUCACAUGACUCACGUAAACGAGCGAAUGCUGCAUUUCUCAUUGGAAGUUAUCAGAUCAUAUAUUUGGGACGCACACCAGAAGAAGCGUAUAAAAAUUUGACUUUAAAUGAUAAUCGACCAUUUCUCCCUUUUCGAGAUGCCUCUUUUGGUGCAUCUACUUAUCACUUAACAUUGUUGGAUUGUUUAUUUGCUGUCAAUAAAGCUUUACUUAAUAAAUUUCUCGACUUUGAUACAUUUGAUUUGCAAGAAUAUGAACAUUUUGAGAAAGUAGAAAAUGGUGAUCUCUCUUGGAUAAUACCGAAUAAAUUCCUUGCGUUUUGUGGACCACAUUCACAAACGAAGAUAGAAAAUGGUUAUCCUCUACAUUCACCCGAAGCUUACUUUCCAUAUUUCCGUAAAAGAAAUGUAACCACUAUAAUUAGGCUGAAUAAAAAAGUUUACGAUGCUAAACGUUUCACCAAUGCUGGCUUCGCUCAUUAUGAUUUAUUUUUUACUGAUGGGAGUUGUCCAUCUGAUCAUAUAAUGAAUCGAUUUUUAGAAAUAUGCGAAAAUGUUACGGGAGCAAUUGCUGUACAUUGUAAAGCUGGUUUAGGUCGUACUGGUACACUGAUUGGAUGUUAUUUAAUGAAACAUUAUAAACUUACUUCACGUGAAGUGAUAGGUUGGAUUCGUAUCUGUCGUCCUGUUCGAUUAUUGGACCACAACAACAUUGGUUAG